GGACCGCAGCCAGCCCUGUCAGCCCGGCCUCCUCCACUUGACAGAGAAACACUUCACAGUGUUCGGCGUUUUCGACCGUCACCUGACCCCUCGUCUUCGCCGUGACCCCAGUCUCCGGUGCGCAGCGUGCCAAAGGACAUGACAGAACCACCAGAAGAGCUCACCAACCGGCCCUUCGCGGUCCAACUCAGCAAUGUUUACCUCAGCAUCUUGGCCCUGUUCUGCUUCAAGCUCUUUGUUAAAAUCUCCCUCAACUUGCUCACGUACUUCUACAUCGUACGGGGCAACCGCAAGGAGGCGGCCAGGAUAUCUGCCGAGUUUUAUGACUACGGACAGCAGCACCGCUCGUGGGCAGACCGCUCACCGCUCCACGAUGCAGCAGCUCAAGGCCGUCUGCUUGCACUCAAAACUUUAAUUGUCCAGGGCCACAAUGUAAAUGUCCUGACCAUAGACCAUGUGACCCCACUACAUGAAGCCUGUCUGGGAGACCAUGUGGCCUGUGCAAGAGCUCUUAUAGAUGCCGGGGCCAAUGUGAAUGCGUCCACGAUGGAUGGGGUCACGCCCUUGUUUAACGCCUGCUCCGUGGGCAGCGUGACGUGUGCAGAGCUACUGUUAGAGAACGGAGCCAGACCACAGACACUGGUGUACCAGCCCUCACCCAUACACGAGGCCACUAGUAAAGGACAUUACGGCUGUGUGGAGGCUCUGGUGACGUGGGGGGCGGACGUGGACAUGGACAUCCCUCACUUGGGCACAGCACUGUACACGGCCUGCAUGUGCCAGGAGCUGGAGUGUGCCCGCAAACUGCUCAGGGAAGGUGCAAACGUGCAGAAGGGCAGGUCCCAGGACUCGCCCUUACACGCGGCUGCAGAGAAAGACUGCACUCCGGUGGUCAAACUGCUGCUGGACUUUGGGGCUGAUAUAAAUGCCAGGAACACAGAGUACCAGAGGCCUGUGGAUGUGGCCCCGCCCAGUAGCCUGACUGAGGGCUUUCUACUGCUCUAUGAAGCGACUCCACGCCUGCUGAGUCAGAUGUGCCGUCAGUGUAUCCGGGGCUGUGUGGGGCGGGACCGGCUGCACCUCCUGUCUCACCUGCCCCUCCCCAGCAGACUGCAGCGGUACCUGCAGUACCAGUGACACCCCCACAG